CUGUAUUUUUUUUUUUUCUCGAGCCGUCAGAAACACGGACACGCGACGCUUGUGAAACUUUUGCGUGCGCAACGACACUGGAAGACGAAAUGGGGGAGAAUGAGGUACAGAUGGAGAAUACAGAGCAAAUGCAGGAGUCUCACGCUUCAAGCUCAGACAAAAUCGACUUGUCAUUAGAUGACAUUAUAAGGCUGAAUAAGAAAGAGCAGAAGGCGAACAGAGCUAAAAGUAAACGUGCUUCUAACAGGAGCAACGUCUUGAAGAAACUCAACCAGGUUCCACAGCAGCAGCAGAGGGAACUCAGGCGAGGAGAGCAGCAGUACCAAGGCAAGCAUUUGAUACUUGACUGUCUUACACUUCAAUUAGUGACAGCUGACACAUUUGGACAAUUGGCAUGA